AUGGAGAAUCACAGGCUUGAGCGGAAGCACUGCCUCCUGAAGCCGUUCUUGUCGGUGAUUCCGUUCUGCCUAUUCUUGCUGAUGGAUAUCUACAGGAAGUACGAGACCCGACCGAGUUGCGACGGCGAAUCCUGCAGCCCGAGCGAGCAGCUCCGCCACCAGAAAUCAAUCAUGAAGAGCCAGAGGAACGCCCAGUUGAUCGCCGCCGCGCUGAUCUUCUAUUGGCUGCUUUAUUCUGUCACCAAUCUCGUCGUCAAGAUAGAGCAGCUGAAUCAGCGCGUUGAGAAACUCGAGAAUGGAAUUAUGAAGAAGGCAACUAAUCUUUGA